AUGAGUGCUGAAGAAUUUCUGGCCAAUGUUGAAAGCGGCAUCGUGCCUGUGACCUGCCAUGAGGAUGUUUUACGGAUCGCAUUCCUCUAUAUGGAUGAGGGGCUGUGGACCGACAAUGGGGUAUUCGAUGUGGUGGAGAAGCUGCACGCGCAUGGCUGGUCGUUUGGGGAGGGCGAGUUACGCCUGAACCGUACCCUGGACGUAUUCUAUCUCGCACAGCUAGCGGCAGCCAUCUACCGCUAUUCCUCUCAACUGGAAGGGGACUUCCCCUCCUUCUCCGAUUUCCCUGCCUUGUAUGCGGCUCACCAUACCCUCCUAAACUCCUCAGCCUGGCACUCCUACUACUCCAUGAACUUCCUCGCCCAGCGCACCACAGCGUGCUUUUAUCGCCCGCCUGACCUCCAGGACCUCCCCGACUCCUCCUCCCCGCUAUGCCAGCCGCGCCAUACGGUAUCCGCACACGUCCUGAAACUUCCUCGCUGGGCCUACAGUAUUGAGCGCACGCGACGUAGGCAGCCCUCUCUGCCAUGGGAAACUCUUACUACACUAGCAUUCAGCACACUGAAAGCAACCAUGGUACGCCUGCAUAUGGCCUACCCCAGCGCACCACCCUAUGCGGAAUCACAUGCGCGCUUCUGGCUUGAUUACUUUACUCCUGAUCCAUCUCCAUCUCGUCUGGCUAAUAAACCUUCUCGGGAAGAUUGGUGCCCUAAUAGCUUUGGGAUAUUGGUCGCACAGGGAAAGUAUGAUAUACACUGGUCGGAAGCAGAGUAUUCCGCACAGGUAUUGUCAGGAGAGAUUGCCGAGGGAGAUGACAAGUUAAAGCAGGUGAUAUGGUGUGGGUUACCCGAUGGAGGGACUGGAGUACAAGCGUGGUGGAGGGGUUGGGAGGAAGAGGUCGGAAGUGAGGAGGAGGUGGAGUUCCUAGCCACUGUUGCGGUGGAGGAGACAGUUGUACUAGGACUAGAAGGAAUGGAACUGGAUGAGUUGGAGCUGUCAAUCCGGUCACAUAUACUACUAGCGGUCAUGCGGGCUGCGGUGAAGGACAGGCAGGAGAGGGAAUAUUUUCUGGGGGAAUUGGAGAGGCGGAUGGUGCAGAAGGGGAGAAUUGGCGAGGAGAGGGCAAGGAGGUGGGUCAAGGAGGCCUUGGAGAUCAUGGAGCCAGGAGAGGGGGAGAUGCUGCGGCGGAUCUUGGUGGAGAAUGCGCAGCUCUUUGCACGCUGGAAGGUGUCGCAUCUUUCGAAGCAGUUCACUUUUGAGCUGGGGCCGAGAGAGACAGAGCAAGGGAUUUAG